AUGUUGCUGGUAACCUUGGAGAGCGCUUGGCUGAACAUGCCACUGCAGAGCAGCACCACGGCACGAGCUCGAGCCACGUCCUCCCGCCAUUCGAUCAAGUGUGUUCGGCGCUACCAGCGGUGGCUCCGAGAUGCUGUGGACAAUGCUCUUGAAGAGCUUGAUCGGGACCCUCCGCCCGCUCAAGGCCCACCGGCCAAGCGGGUUCGCUUCGGUGAUUCGGAAGUUCGUGAGUUUCCGGCGCCCUCGGCGCCAUCAGAGCAAGAAGUAGAAGUGCCACAGAUCGAUGCGGAGGCCAACGACCAUCUAAGUGAUUACGAGCCCUCGUUGCCCUCCGAGUACGAGGGAGAAGAUGAUCUGAUGGGUGUCGCCGAGGCACCGAAGGACGAUCGCACCUGCCUUAGCAAAAUUAUGGUUGGCCUGGGUCUCAAAGCCUCACCGCUCGAGCCCACACUCUUUAGUAACUUUAGUGGCUGGGUUCAGCUCGGACAGAAGUGGACGUAUAUCAUCGCCUUAGCUUAUGUGGAUGAUUUGUUGAUCGUCUCCGACAGCCAAGAGGGGGUUGAGUUUAUCCACAAGUCUCUGAGUGCGGUUCUAAAGGUGAAAGUCACUGGGAGGCUCCAUGAGGAUGGCCAGCUUGAGUUUCUAGGACGGCUCAUUAAGCUAGAUGGGAACAACAUCACCCUUGGGGUGAAACCUGAGUAUGUGCGUUCAGUCUUCUCUGCCUUCGGGUGGACUGAGAAAGACCUGGCCAAGGUCAAGCCUGUGGCCACAACUCCUGACAUUAGGGCUCUUUACGAUGCUGAGGUUUUUCCCGCCGGGAACGGGGAAACUUUGGAAGAAGAAGGUGCCACUUUGGUGGCGUUCUGUGACAGCAACUGGGGUCAGCUGGCUUCUCACAUCUGGGGCGAGAUCACCAAGCCCCUCGCCAUCUGCACGGACAGUGCGUCUGCUCGCCAGAUUGCCGGGAUGGCCGCCGUGGUUGAUGCCAUUGUCUCGGGAGCGGAUUGGGAGGCCGUAGCUCAGGACCAAAAGGAGACUGUCAGCCGUUUGCGGGCCGAGUGCAAGGGAGAGAGGCUCAUGGCGGAGGUUCUGGAGGACGCGGUCACGCAGCAGCUGGGCUUCUGGCGGCACCUGAUCCCGAGUGCACACCCGACGCUCCUUCAAGGGGCUCAAGAGGCUCAGGAGUUCAGCAAGGCGAGCGAGGAGGCUCAGCGAGGCUUUCAGCUGCAGCAGCAGCCGACUCAGAACUUCUCGACGAUUCUGCCGCUGAUCCUCCGCAUGCUCCUCCGACAGGAGGACGAACUUCAGAUGCUUCGGUUGGACAAGGCCUUUUGUCUGUUCGUGGAUCCGGUUCCGGGGCCAGGCUGCAUUCUCCAGGCCUUGUACAGGAUUUCGCAAGCAUGGAAGGAGCAGAAGGAACAGGAUCCGUCGCAGAUUCUCGCACCACUCCGGGUUGUGCUGAUGGAGGCUCUUCUGACGGAGUUGGGAAAUCGGCUCAAGAUGCUGCCCAACAACAAGGAGGCCCUGGACGCUGCACUAAAGAAUCAGUGGAUCCUUCAGGACGGUGCCACUUUGAAGUGGCAGUUUCAGAGCUGGGAUCCGAUCACAGCCAAAGUCAUCAUUCACCCCAAGAAGCAGCCUUUGCUGGCAACCGAGGUGGAAGCGAAGUUAGCGGAUGCACUCCAGCUUUGUCAGAGAGAGGGCAUUUUGCACCGCUUUCAUGCGACAAGGCCGCUGAGCGAGGAGCCGAAGUCUCCUCAGUCGGUGUUCCUUCUUCAGGUGUCGCUUCGCAGCGAGGCAGCCAACACGUUGCACAGCAUUCUCACUUCUCACGGAGCUCUCCGAAUGCGCGGUGUGGCGAGUUCUGAACAUCCGCUUGCGCCCCGAGCGUCUUCAGAGAUCUCAGCUUGCGAAGCAAAUCGAAGCCUGCCUCAAGAGCUUGUGCUCCGGCUGCAAUUGCACAACAAUGGCAACUGCUGCUACAUGAAUUCUCUUGUGCUUGCCAUGCUGUGGGUUUCAACUCGUGUUCGCAACUGCUCUCAGGCAGACCUCUUCGGAGGGCUCUUGACUUCGGUGAAACCUUUGCUACAAGGCGCCACCCAAACUUUCUCGCUCAUGACUUUGUUCAUGUGGCGUAUGUUUGUGCAAGCUUGGCCUCAACCUUCGCGCCAACACGAUGUUGUUGAGUUUGCUGCCUUUGUCAUGCGCAAGGCUCAGCCGUUGGCCUAUGCUGGCCACUGGAGUGCGUGGGAUCCGGAAGCGCCGCACUCUCGCAAGGAUUGGAGUGGCACUCACGCCCCAAUCAUUGUGGAUCCCAUCCUGCCUGAAUGCGUCCUGCAGGAUGCUGUUGCUGUGUGGGAGCACGACCAUCUGGUGAGAGGUUCGUGA